UGCACCGAAGAUACAUUGAUAUCCAAUGGAGGCCCCAGUGGCGGUUGGUAGCGUGUGAUCAACGCAUUUUCAAAACGCGUGGUUUAUAACAUACCGUUUUGAGACCGAAAUUUCGAGAUUGUAAACCAGUUAAAGCGGAAAAAAAAAAGUAGCAGCAGGCGGAGAGAAAGAGCGGGUAACGACGUAACGCUUUAAACGAUGUCGUAUCUGCUACCACACUUGCAUUCAGGGUGGGCUGUAGAUCAGGCGAUCCUGGCAGAGGAAGAGCGUCUCGUCGUCAUCCGAUUUGGUCACGAUUGGGAUGAAACAUAUGGAUGAAGUGCUUGCUUCUGUUGCUGAAACCAUAAAGAACUUUGCUGUGAUAUAUCUGGUGGACAUAACAGAAGUGCCUGACUUCAACACAACGUAUGAGUUGUAUGAUCCAUCAACUGUCAUGUUUUUCUUCAGAAACAAGCACAUUAUGAUUGAUCUUGGCACCGGAAACAACAACAAAAUCAAUUGGGCUCUCAAGGACAAGCAGGAGUUCAUUGACAUUGUUGAGACUGUGUACCGUGGGUUGAAAGGCACCUUUUGACCUCAAUGCUAAAUAAAGCCUAAGUAGCAACUAGCAAGUUACAAAUGUGAGUGAACUAUGUUGCAUUUAGAAGCUGUUGCUGCAGGAUUAUUCAAAUGCAACAUAUGCAUAGAAGAGCAUUGAAUGUAGCAUAGUGUCCUUUCAACAAGCAUGUUGCCAUGUUUUUGAGGAUGUCUUAUACAUAUAAGUCUGUAUGUAGUUUUCCGCAAGAAAACUUGGUUAUGACUUGCCACACACACACACAUAUACAUGUGUAUAUAUAUUGCCAUGAGUCUCGGGACUUUUUUACGAAACAUGGUUCUGAACCUCAAGACUGUCGGUGAGAGUUGCUUCAGUUUUGUAAGUAUUUUUCCAUUGGUAGGUGCAUUUUGCUGUAAUAGAACUGUAAUAUGUAUACUAGAUAACUAAGUGUUCAUCAGAUUUUGAAGUUUUAAACAUGUUCUUGAUAAA